UACGGCACUGUCGCGCGAGGGAAGGAGUGUUCGUCUCCUCCGCCUGGAAAGUGCCUGUCAGAGAAAGAAGGCGAGUGCGCAUGCGUGUUGGGAGCCAGACUGCUUGGGUCGGGAUAAAAGUAGAAGCAGGAGCCGGAGGAGGAUCUCGUCUCCCUGGGGCGCCGGAGAAGAGCCCUGGGAUGGCGGCGGCUGCGGUGGGAGGAGCUCCGAGGAGCCCGACCGCCUGCUUUUGGGGCCCGUGCUGACAGGAGAGAGCGUGGGGACGGCGGGGAAGCUCUGUUGAAACUGGAUGAAGAAAAAUAAUGGAUAUGGGUAAUCAACAUCCUGCCAUCAAAAGGCUGCAAGAAAUACAGAAAGAAGUGAAAGAAUUGGAACCACAAGUAGCAACCUUCAGUGGUCUGUCCAGCGACAGAGCAUAUAAGAAACUAGAGAGAGCUUUGACUAAGCAGCUUUUUGAAAUAGAUUCUGUAGAUGCUGAAGGCAGGGGUGAUGUUCAACAAGCCAGAAAGAGGGCUGCCCAGGAAACUGAGAGACUGCUUAAAGAACUGGAACAGAUUGCCAACCACCCCCAAAGACUGGAGAUAGAGGCUAUAUUUUAUGAAGCUCAAAUGUUAGUGGAGCAAGAAAUUGCAGCUUUUCACAAAGGAGGCAACUGUGUGACCGAGGAAUUUGAAGAAGGUAUUCAGGAUAUCAUUUUUAGACUCACUCAGGUGAAAACGGGAGGGAAAAUCGCUUUGCGGAAAGCCAGGUAUCGCACUUUGACCAAAGUAUGUGCCGUUCAGGAGAUCUUGGACACUUGUACAAAACAGCAGCCCUCCCUGCCAUUGUCCAGCGAUGCACAUCCUUCUGUUGCCAAGAUUAAUUCUGUCAUGGUUGAAGUGAACAAAGCAAAAGGGACCCUGAUUGGUGUUUUGAUGGGAGUAAAUAACAACGAGACCUGCAGACAUUUAUCUUGUGUGCUCACAGGCUUGAUUGCUGAUCUGGAUGCCUUAGAUGUCUGUGGCCGACCAGAAAUAAGAAACUAUCGUAAGGAAGUUGUGGAAGAGAUUAACAGGUUGCAGAAAUAUUUGGACCUGGACGAAGAAGCUGAUAGCACUUACGCUUAUGAUUUGGCACAAAACCGGUGCAUUAUAAAAAUAGAAGAAAUCCGCAAGAAGAUGAAAGAGAUUCAUGCUUCCCUUUUAAAGGGCGAGAGAGCUUCAGAUUUGUACCUGAGGUCAAAGACAGAGCUACAGGGGUUAAUUGCUCAGUUGGAUGAAGUGAGUCCUGGCAAAAAUCCAUGCAUCCGAGAAGCCAGAAGGCGAGCAGUGAUAGAAGUACAAACCCUCAUUACAUAUAUUGACUUAAAGGAGGCACUUGUCAAACGGCAAGCUUUUGUGGAACAAACAGAGGCCGAGCCUCCAGCACACAAAGCUGUUUGGCAUAUUCUUGGAAACGUGGCCCAAAUUCAGCAAGAGGUGCUGUCAUUCGAUGGGAACAGAACUGAUAAGAACUACAUGAGACUGGAGGAACUUCUUACAAAACAGCUUCUAUCUCUGGAUGCUAUAGACCCUCAAGGAGACGAGCGCCCCAAAGUAGCCAGGAAACAGGCAGUGAAGCUUGCACAGAAUAUUCUUUACUACUUGGACAUGAAAACAGAUGAAUGGGAGUACUAAAAUAAGACACUGUGUGCUAGUCCUUGCUUUGAGUUUUGCAGUCUUUGCCAACCAGUCUCCCACAAACACAACAUCAGAGUUGUUUCAUUUACUAAUCUCUUUGAGGUCAAGUAAAUGUUGGACUAGGGCAUGCAGCAGCUUCUUUAUGCUGUUGUAUUCUGGCAGCGAUAGCAGUCCACAAGGCAUUUGUGUUACACUUUUUGUCACAGCCACUGCUUUCUCACCCAGAAAACUUUACAUUAUAAUAUUUGUGAUCAUUUGUCCAAAGCACCCUGCGUAUGGUACUUCUACACUAAGAGAAUGUAAUCUCUCAGAGGUAUUUUCUCAAAUCAGACAGGGUGAAAUAACUGAAGGGAAGACCUGGAGCUACUGUCUGUUAGCUAUAAACCAACUUAAACAUUGGAGUUGUGUGAAACAACACAAUCGCAGUCCAAAGGAUUAAAUACAAAUUACUCAUUGCUUUUUUGUGUGUUUGAUUUAAUUUUGCUGAUAUUUCACCUAAGGUCUGAUUUGAUUACAUUCAACUUGUAGUCAUUUCAGCUUAUUAUUAUGGAGUAGUGGGUAAUAAAAGCGUUAGCAUAUAGAAAUUUGUUGCAAGCUAUGUGCUCUGAAGCAGUCUGCUAAUUUCACAGGGUUGCUUCUGAGUCAGUAGUCUGAAGUUACAGUGAUUCAGACUAUUUAUGCUCUUUAAGGAGAAAGUAAUUAUCUUUAAAAACCGGGAUUACAACAGAACAAAGGAAUUCUAGACAUUGAAAACAGAAGUAAUAAAAUAGCUUGAAAUAAAUACCAUAGAAUCCCCAAUUGGACCCUUGAUAGCCAGCGAGGCAAUCUUGUCAAAUUUUGUAUGCACAAAGUCAUUGGCUUUUCGAUGGGUGUUAGAUCACUUGUCAAUUGUUUCAUUGCAUUUUUCUGAACCCAGUGAAAAAUUGUUGCUUGCUUUGUUAAUGGAAAAUCAAGCAAAUGCUUUUAUAGCUGGGUUUGGUCUGGAAAUUCUAGUGCUUGUUAAAAUGUCAUCUGUUAUUCAUAUUUUCCCAAACCUUUGGCUUAGUUUCUUCAGGCUACGUCCUUUACUGAUAAGUGAUGACAACAAGCGUUACAUGUGCUUCAUCUGCUCUUGCCCAGUUUUUAAUCUCUUGAACCAUUAGAAUAACAAACUCUUUAUAGUGUUUCUAUUUUUAAUUGUGGAAUGGCUGUCUGUGUUAGGUGUCUAGAAUAGGCUGCAUGUAAGAAAGCUUCUUGUAGUUUUUCUUUCCCUCCUUUGUUGAGACUGACAAUUUAAUAACUGUGUCUGACUAUAUGCCUAAAUGCUCUAGGCUUGAAUUCAGUUUAGGUUUGUUCUUCUCUUUUGUUUGUUGAUUCAGGAAGAUAGACACCUGUAUCAAUUAUAGUUUUUCAGCUGCCUUGAUAAUGGCUUGCAGAAAUCUUGAGUAGAAAAUAAAAUAAUAAAAGUGAAAUUGGCAUUUUUUCCACACAGCUUUUAUAAUCUAAAUUGCUGGCUUGUUGAGGAGUAUUUCUUUGAAAUUCCUCUGUCAAUGUAUCAGUUCUAUAUAAAGCAUUUUUGUCUAUAAGUAGGGUUUUAAUGUACAGUUAAAAGAAGCCAAAUUGAUCAUAGGAACCAAGUGCCUUUUUAAGUGACACUUGAAUAGCACCUUGUAGCUUUGACGGUUUUUAGUUGGCUUCAUGGUGCUUCCCAGUGAAAUGUCUUCUGUACCCUUUAAGCUAUGAUAGGGAUUUCAAAUAGUCUUGUAUUUUCUGGAACACAACCUCGGCAUAUUACAUACAACAGAGGUCAACAUGAUUGAGUUUAUGACCUAGAUUGAGGAGGUUGAGGUUAGGAUUUUGCUAUGUUUCCCUAUCCUAAUUAUCUGUUCUGUGCCUCCCUUUUGCUGCUUUGAAGGAGUUAUAGUGGCUCUUUCUGCAUUUACUGAAAAUGUUCUCUUUUUGGUUUUGGUUACCUGCUUAGAAAAUCUUUUGCCAAGAAAAAUGAUGGCUUCAUUCAGCUUCUAUAGGCUUAAUAGUAUUGUAUACUAUAUAAUAUACCAUUAAUUUCUUUACUGCUUUCUUUCCUGAAAAUAUUGUUUCUGUCUGCUAGUUUUCCCCAUUUUAUUUCUUUAUUAAUUGACUAGAAUCGAUGAUUAAAAUAAUUUCACUUUCACUAGGCUUUUAUUUUGGUCAUAAAGGCUUUGCUCCAGAAGCUUGUGGACAUGUGGAUAGUGCUGCGUGUCUUGAAAUUCCUACUGGUUUAAUUUUCAGGACUGCUCUCCAUGUUACCUUUAUACCGACCUCCUUUUUGCUUACUGUUUUACCUAAAUUCAGUGAUAUUUUACCUAAUUUUUUAAACCUAAAUUCAGUGAUAAAGCCAACAGUCAUAUACAAGUUUCAUACAUUUUGGAGCACUUGUUUCAGGUAAGGACCUGCUGGAUCAGACUGCAGAUUUAAUGUAUAUAUUAUUAAAUAUUGAACUAAGCAGUGCUGAUUCAGUCCCGCCAAUCUCAGAAUGCUUUCUGAUCCACACUAGCCUUCUGUGAAUGAAGGGUGGAGGAGGUGAUUUUCACAGAUUUUUCCUGCAUAAUAUCUACUUCAGAGCAUGAGGAUCCAUUCAGAACAGUAUAGGCAGUAUGGCAGGAUACUGUAGGAUAAAGAGGAAAUUUGGAAAAAUUGCUGCCCUCAUUGAAGCAAAGACCCUUCUGGAUAAGAUAAAGUUAGUAAUGUCUCAGUAAUAGAUUCAAAGGUUUCAUUCUUAACUGAUGGAAAUAUCCUCUCUGAUGAAGUCUGUUCAAGAGAUGCUCCUUCUGGUUGAAAAGUGAGGAGAUUCUAAGAUCUAAGCCAUGGUACUUUAAUCUUUAUCAGUUAUUGUAGCUUUCAGUUUUUGUAACUGUUUAAAUAGUCAUAUUUUAUAUGCCUUGAGGAUACGGCUGCUCUAAAGUGAUAAAUGUCGACUUCCAUUCUUUGGAGGCAAGUUUGAAAGUUGCAGUUAUAGUGAAGGGAAUACAUAUAAAGAUAUAGUUAAGAAUAGGUACUGCAACAGCAACUUAUUAUAGGAUUAAAAUCCUCAUUUGUCUUUAAAAAAGAAGACUUUCUAGGUCCUGAAUUUAAAUGUGCUGUGCUUUAUACUAUGUUGAGAUCUUUAGUAUGGCAGUAUAAAUCAGUAUAUAUAUUUUUUUGCAUGAGAAAGAAUAGUGAAUUUAAUAAGCUAAACCAAAAAGGAGUCUGGUAUGUGGGUUGUUAAGAGAUCAUUGUUUUGUCCUUUUCAGAAUGUACCUUUUGUAUUUAAUAUKCAAACAGGCUAUAAGAAAAAAAAUGCUUCUUUCCAUUUCAGUGGGAUAAAAAUGUUUUAUGCUGGUGAAUUACUCAAUAUUGGACCAACGGAGUCUGCAUUUUGUUAAAGGCUUUCCUGUGUGCAGUGACUGUAGCACAAGAAACAAAUGGAUGUAAUUUUGUUGAACUUUUAAGCAUCAUGCUGUUUAUAUUUUUCUGAAUUAUGAUUGUAUUGCUUUAAGAGCAGGGUUGACCCAGUCAGUCAUGUUCUGAUAUCUUUACCAGCAAACCAUGAWAGAACUGUAUUUUCUUCAGUCAGUUUGGAUGUAACUAUUUUUUACUAUGAUCAGCAAACUGUUGAAAGGAYUCCCURMACUUCCGCUUCUUUCAAGUACAAUCACUGAAAGCAUUAGAAAUUGGUUGUGUUGUUUCUUCCGCUUUCCUUUAUUUUCAGUAUUUGACAAUAUGUUAGAACUUUAUUUUCAGAAUAUAUGUAUCUAUUUAUUUGUAUGUAUAACAUUGCUUUGAGCUGUACAAAUUCAAAAAUCAAAUAUUCUUAAUAAAGCAUUUUGAAGCUUUCUUUUUUAUCAUUCA